AUGUGGGUCAGACCUGCUCCUCCUCACUCAGACCUGCUCCUCCUCACACAGAGAUCUGCUCCUCCUCACACAGAGACCUGCUCCUCCUCACACAGACCUGCUCCUCCUCACACAGAGAUCUGCUCCUCCUCACACAGAGACCUGCUCCUCCUCACACAGACCUGCUCCUCCUCACACAGGGAGACCUGCUCCUCCUCACACAGACCUGCUCCUCCUCACAGAGACCUGCUCCUCCUCACACAGACCUGCUCCUCCUCACACAGAGACCUGCUCCUCCUCACACAGACCUGCUCCUCCUCACACAGGGAGAUCUGCUCCUCCUCACACAGACCUGCUCCUCCUCACACAGACCUGCUCCUCCUCACACAGACCUGCUCCUCCUCACACAGAGAUCUGCUCCUCCUCACACAGACCUGCUCCUCCUCACACAGAGACCUGCUCCUCCUCACACAGAGCCCUGCUCCUCCUCACACAGACCUGCUCCUCCUCACACAGGGAGACCUGCUCCUCCUCACACAGGGAGACCCGCUCCUCCUCACACUGGGAGACCUGCUCCUCCUCACACAGACCUGCUCCUCCUCACACAGACCUGCUCCUCCUCACACAGGGAGACCUGCUCCUCCUCACACAGAGACCUGCUCCUCCUCAACCAGGGACCUGCUCCUCCUCACACAGAGACCUGCUCCUUCUCACACAGAAACCUGCUCCUCCUCACAGUGGGAGACCUGCUCCUCCUCACACAGACCUGCUCCUCCUCACACACAGACCUGCUCCUCCUCACUCAGACCUGCUCCUCCUCACACACAGACCUGCUCCUCAUGA